GCGAGUGAAUACAGCGAGAGGCGAGACGGAGAACAGCACCGAGAGCCACAGGGAUGUAUACCAAACACAGACAGAAAAACGGACGCAUUUCAUCGACACGAUAUGUGCUUGUAAUGCUAUCGGUUUUUCUCUUUAACGGUUUACUGGAAAUUGUAGGCGGAAAUCCUCGGGAGGAAGUGGAAGACAGAGGACAAAGAGUGACAGCACACUGGAUCUCUCGCAGAACAGCACAGCAAGAGACUGAAACAUCAUUUAAGGACCUGUUCCCAGAGAGAGGGGAGAUUCUAGUCUCAGCCCAGGACUUGAAAUUGGUUCUACAAGUUGAAAGAAAUCAGGAGCUCCUGGGUCACGACUUCACUGAGACUCACUAUGAGAAUGGCCUCCCUGUCACCCAAACCAGCAAUCACACUGAUCAUUGCUUCUAUCACGGGAGGGUCAGAGGUCACGCCGACUCGUGGGUCGCUCUAAGCACAUGUUUGGGAAUGAGAGGUUUGAUUGUCUUGAACUCUAAUGGUACAUACUACCUGGAGCCAAUCGGAGGCCAGGAGGUUCUCCACCACACCUUCUAUCGCACUGAAGACCUGCCGGUCAAAACCGGCACCUGUGGACACAGCCAUCAGACUGGACACAUCAGUCUGUUCAGUGGUCAUCUUAAACCUUUGCAUCAAAGGGUUAGACGAAAUGCCUGGGGUACUACAAAGUACAUGGAACUGUAUAUAGUAGCUGACAACACACUGUACAGAAAGCAAAACAAGGACCUUGACAAAACUAAAAUGAGGAUAAUGGAAAUUGCUAAUUAUGUAGAUAAGUUCUACAGAGAAUUGAAUAUCCGUGUACCUCUGAUUGGUCUAGAGGUUUGGACUGAACAUGAUCAGUGCAUCAUCAAUGAGGAGCCAAAUUCAACUCUUUGGUCCUUCCUACAGUGGAGACAGAAACUCAAAUCCCGCAAGAAACAUGACAAUGCACAACUACUCACUGGUGUGAUUUUCAAGGGCACCACCAUUGGCAUGGCUCCGCUGGAGGGCAUGUGCAGUCACGAGAACUCGGGCGGCAUCAAUGUGGACCAUUCUGAAUUGCCCAUUGGGGCAGCUGCCACCAUGGCACAUGAGAUCGGCCAUAACUUUGGCAUGAGCCAUGACCAUGAGGGCUGUUGUGUGGAGGCCACUGCGGAGCAGGGUGGAUGUGUCAUGGCGGCAGCUACAGGGCACCCCUUUCCAAAAGUUUUCAGCCGCUGUAGCAAAAAAGACUUGGACAACUACUUCCAGAAGGGAGGAGGAAUGUGCCUGUUCAACAUGCCCAACAUGAAGGAUCUGGUCGGUGGCAAGAGGUGUGGAAACGGCUUUGUAGAGGAAGGGGAGGAGUGUGACUGUGGAGAACCAGAGGAGUGCACCAAUGAUUGCUGUCACCCCAGCAAUUGCACUUUGAAGGUGGAUGCACAGUGUGCCCAUGGGGUCUGCUGUGAGGACUGCAAGCUGAAGCAGGCCGGCACCAUGUGCCGUGGAGCAGCCGGUACCUGUGAUCUGCCGGAAUACUGCACAGGAGGUUCUCCCUACUGCCCCUCUAACGUUUACCUCCUGGAUGGGUCAUUGUGUCAGCAUGGCCGUGCCUACUGCUAUAAUGGCAUGUGUCUGACCCAUGAACAGCAGUGCCUGCAGCUGUGGGGUUAUGGUGCGCAGCCGGCACAUGACGCCUGUUUUCAGGAUGUGAAUGCAGCAGGGAAUGCCUUUGGAAACUGUGGCAAGGACAGUCAUGGAAACUACGUAAAGUGUGAGAAAAGUGAUGCCAAAUGUGGUAAGAUACAGUGCCACAGUGCUGCCAAGAAACCAAAGGGCACCAAUGCUGUGUCCAUAGACACCACUAUCCGCACAGACGGCAUUGAGGUGAAGUGCCGGGGCACAUAUGUUUACAGCACCCAAGAUGGGCAGGGCGAUCUUCCAGACCCUGGACUGGUCAUGACGGGCACCAAGUGUGGAGAGGGGAAGGUGUGCAAAGAUCGACGAUGUCAAAAUGCAUCUUUUACUGAGUUACACAUCUGCAUCGCUCAUUGCCAUGGGCAUGGGGUGUGUAACAGUAAUGGGAACUGCCACUGCAACCGUGGGUGGGCUCCCCCCUUCUGUGAGAAACCAGGACUUGGGGGAAGUGUGGACAGUGGACCUGUGCAGUAUGACAGUCAGGUGGGAUUGGUUGUUGGGCUGUUCUUUGCUUUUCUAGUGCUUCUCCCUGCUGUACUUAUUGCCUUCUACUGCAUCAAGAUAAAAAGCUCCUACUACCACAAGUGGAGAACACAGAGAGAGAAGAGCAAAGCCAGCAGAAAUGAGGGCUCUGUUGAAAAGGGGAAGAAUGGCCACCUAAACCAUGCUUUCCAUCUGAAGGUGGUGGCACCCUCCAACAGAAGUGGUAAUCUCAAGCUACCUCACACCAGCAAAGAGUUGCUUCCUCUGAGGCCAAACCCAGCUUCCAACGGUACUCAGCCAGUCAAUAUCGUCCGUCCGCUCCGACCGGCUCCAUCGCCAUCACUGAGCAACAUCGAAGGACCUCGACCUCCUCCGCCUAUCAGCAAGCCGCCCAACUCACCCAGCACACCCAAAUCUGUAGCAUCACCUCAGAAACUCAGUCCUCCCAAGAAGCCUCUCCCCCUCAACCCAUCACGCUCACCACUGAUGGUAUCAGAACAACAGCCUAGACCCCCAUCCACACCCCCCCAGAGGCCUCUUCCUCUCAGCCCUGCUCGUGGAGCACAGCCCAAACCCACUGGUGGGGGGCUUAGGGUGAUGAUGCCCCCUUCAGUUGGCCCCAAGCCUGUGGGAAAAGUGCCCGCUGUUCCCCCUUUAAAGGCAUUCCGACCUGUUUCAGGACCCAAACCACUCAUAGUUCCAUCCGCUUUCCGAAAAUGACGCUUGCAGAAUUCAUUUUUAAAGACUGCAGCCAGCCUAUUUGCACUAAAUAAGGACCCUUGGCGACUGGUACUAUAGUGAGCUGUCUCACAAAGGAUGGAAGAGCAUGGUGCUAGGGCCCUUGAUGAGGCCUCGCAAACCGGCGCUCAAAUACAGCCGGGCACAGCAGAAAUGACGCGGUUUUGCAUGAAAAACAUGCAGACUGAGAACGUUUUGGAUAGACCAUCACAUUGCCAAAACUUGACUUUUUAUCACCUUGCAAUUUUUUAUACUUAAUUGUUGUUGCUUUUUAAUGUUAUGCAUCUGUCUUGUUUACAUUUUUUGUUUGACUAUCAUCUAUUUGUCAAGUGCCAAAGAUGUUGUUUUGUUUAAUGCCUCGAUUGUUUCAUUUGUUGUACUGUGCUGUAUGUGAUUUUGCGUUUGGUACAUAAAAUAUGUUAUACCUUUUUAGUAAAGACACCAUGUUGUUGUGGCCGUCCUCACUUUAUGGCAGACUUUACAU